GUUAUCUUUAUUUAAAAUCUUUAGCUUGUUCUUUCACAUUUUUAGCCAAAAUUAAUAAGAUCCAUAAUGGGAGAUUGAAAGAAACACUUAUGGUUGUUAAGCAAAUCAAGAGACACGCAGCAUGUGUCCAGCAAAGUGAUGAAAAGAGAAAAAAAAAAGUGUCUCUGAUAAUCUUUGAAAAGAUUCAGUAAAUUUUUUCACAGCAAACAAACAGUCGCCACAAAGCGGAAGGUAGAUGUUGUAAAUAUGUCCAUUUUGCACAAAAUUAUUAAUCUUAAUCACAAAGGCAGUUUCGAUGUGAAAGUCAGUCUGUGAUUUAUAUAGUUUCCACAUGCAGAGGUUAUAAAAGUCUUUAUGACCUUUAUGACCGAGUAGUUCAGGGAAGUCAGAAAAUGCAACACGGAAAUCUCAGUGAUGAUGAUAAGCAGAAAGAAAACGAGUAACCGUGUAAAACAUCUAAUAAAAUUUUCAGAACAAUUAAUUAGAAAGUGGCAAAACAAGAACUGUACAGUAAAAGCGGGUCACACAAAGGUCGAUGCUUUCGGGCAUCUGGAGUAAAAAAUAAGCCCCGACUGUUUCCAUCACAUUCUGCUGAGAAUUUUAUCUUCUCAUCAGCUCUGACCAGCUUCCUGCAUAACACUCACACCGCCAAUGUGCCACUGUUGCAAUAGUUUGAUGUUUUGCUGAAGCGCACGACUCUCUCAUAGUUCUGUGGACUUGAGCUGUUGGUCUCUGCAGCUCCUCCAGAGUUUCCAGUUCGGAAUCGUAAUUUUUUUCUUUUUUUAGGAGGAAUUAAUGCUGUAAAGAGGGUUCACAACUUCCUCUUUUCAUGACCUCUAAUGCGUUCCAAAAAAUCUGGAAUAUGGCCCUGACUGAGAAUAUUUUUAAUUUUUUUACUCUCGCAAAAAAUAUGAACAAAUUGAAACAAAACAUUUGGCUGCAUCACAACUGGUAUUAGCAGCUUCAGGCCCCAUCUGACACAAAAAAAUCACAUCAGGAAUAUUCGGACUUGCAAAGAACCUUUCGACCCCAGCAGGCGGGAUGGGCUGUCUGAAGUCCACGCUGAGCGGCGGCCUGGCGACCGGUGUGGAGAGCAAAAUCAGACAGCAGGCCGAAAAACCGGAGCCGGCACACUAUGUCAGAGACCCCACCUUCAACACCAACAAGAAUAACUCCCUGCUACCAGGUCAAAGGUUCCAGCAAAUGGAAGAGAAAGAGUCAACUUUCAAAAUGGUGAUUGGUCUUUAUCCUUACGAGGCGUUGCAUCGAGAAGAUUUAGGUUUCAAGAAAGGAGAGAAGCUGAAAAUCCUGGAAGAACACGGUGAUUGGUGGAAAGCAAAGUCUCUAACGUCCAACAAAGAAGGAUUCAUCCCAUCCAAUUACGUUGCACAAGUCGAUACCAUGGAAACGGAAGAGUGGUUUUUCAAAGACAUCACAAGGAAGGAUGCAGAGAGGCAGCUGUUGGCUCCCGCAAACAAACCAGGCUCUUAUCUUAUCAGGGAAAGCGAAACAUCCAAAGGGAAUUUCUCCUUAUCAAUCAGAGACAUCGAUGCCCAGGGCGUGGAUUCGGUGAAACAUUAUAAAAUCAGGAAGUUGGACAACGGCGGCUUCUACGUCUCUCCCAAAAUUUCCUUCCCGGACAUCAACAGCAUGCUCAAACAUUACCACACCAGGUCAGAUGGUCUGUGCCGCAAACUGGAGCGUCCGUGCGUGAAACCCAAAGCCCAGCGGCCGUGGGACAAGGACGCCUGGGAGAUUUCCAAAGACUCGAUAAAGUUUGUGAAGAAACUGGGAGCGGGACAGUUUGGAGAAGUGUGGAUGGCUUACUACAACAACGCAACCAAAGUGGCCGUGAAGACCUUGAAGCCUGGCACCAUGACCGCCGAGGCGUUCAUGGAAGAAGCCAACGUGAUGAAGACUCUGCACCACGACAGACUGGUGCGGCUCUACGCCGUCGUCACCAAGACCGAGCCCAUCUACAUCAUCACCGAAUUCAUGGCAAACGGAAGUCUCCUGGACUUCUUAAAGAGUGACGCAGGAAGCAGACAGAAACUACCAAAGCUCAUCGAUUUCUCAGCACAGAUCGCAGAGGGCAUGGCUUACAUAGAGAAGAAGAAUUACAUUCACAGAGACCUGAGGGCGGCUAACGUGCUCGUGUCCGAGAGCUUGCUUUGCAAAAUAGCCGACUUUGGCUUGGCGAGGGUCAUAGAGGACAACGAGUACUCCGCACGGGAAGGUGCCAAAUUCCCCAUCAAAUGGACCGCUCCGGAGGCCAUCAACUACGGCACCUUCACCAUCAAAUCAGACAUGUGGUCUUUCGGAGUGCUUCUCUAUGAGAUUAUCACAUAUGGAAAAAUCCCAUAUCCAGGGAUGACGAAGGGAGAGGUGAUGUCCUCCAUACAGCGCGGCUACAGGAUGUCCCAGCCCGAAAACUGUCCGUCUGAGCUGUACGAGAUCAUGAUGACCUGCUGGAAGGACAAGCCCGAAGACAGACCCACCUUUGACUACAUACAGAGCGUCCUGGACGACUUCUACACCGCGACAGAGGGACAGUACCAGGAUCAGCCAUAGCGCCGCCGAGUCAUCCCAUAAGGACAUUCACGACAAUUAACAUCCGCUCUACUGGUUGUGUGUUUUUAACUUCUUCACAGUUUAAUUGUAUAUAUACCACAUGUUGAUGUCCACUUAAUUUUGAAGAUUUUAUAUAGUUUCACAAACAAUCUCGAUGAAAGAAGUCAUCUUUCAAGAUAUUCUGAACAACAUGGAUUCAUUUUGUUUUUUUAAUGGAUGUGAACUGUAUUUAAAUGAGAUUGUAAUUGUAAGUAUAUUUGAGAAAUGUGGUCUAAAUGUAAACGUUUUAAAUGGGUAAUUUGGACUGACUACGUGCAGAUUUUUUUUUUAGAAGGUUUUUCGUUAAUUUAAGCUGGACAGGAAGAAGCGCAGAGAAAGGAGAUAUUGAGAAAGUGGCCUGGGGAUAGGCGUUAAACCACAAAUAACUGCGUUGAAAACUGGAGUUUCUGCCUGUGUUGUGGUGGAACUGUAUGUCGUACUUGUGUAUAUAUAUAUGUGGUCAUAGACCUAAGAAAAUCAUAAGCUGCUUUAAAAUACGGACCCCAGACUUGGAACGUCACUUUCUUUGGAAGUAAGUGAGAGACUAAGAUGGACUGCUACAUGUUGGCCUCAGGUGACAUAAUCUUACUAACUCAAGAUAUUAAACAGUAUGAAAUAUGUCAUAUUUUUCUAUGUAGUGAUUGAAAGCCUGAGUUAUUAUAUUAAACGUCAUGUUUGGUAUUGAAUGGCUGUACAUUUUGUAUGAAAUAAAAAAAAACAAUACACAUAU